GGUUUUCUUUUCAGCAGUCGGUAUGCUAAAAAUGCGGCAAGAUGAGCUGGCAGGUACAGCACCACACCUGCACACUUGCACUUAAUAAAGAAUUUGAAUGAGAAGUGUUGUCAUCUUCAGCGCGUCACUCGGUGCUGGCCACACCAGGAAAGGAAUAUCAAAACAAAACGGGCGUUUCCAGCGUCCAAGGUUCAGCUCAGUCGCUUUGCUGGUUUGAGAUUGCAGUCGUUAAACAAAGCGAGGCGACUAAAUGCGCCUGGACUGGGAUCUGGGAGUCUUCUCUGAGGCAGACCUGGAGCACAUUACUUGGGAUGCUUUUGCUGGGCGGAGCGGGUGGGGGCGUUUGGUGAAGGAGAUUUCACUGAGAAUGCGAUCUUUUGUUUUCAGGAAUGUCCAAGGAUUAGGAUACCCAAGACUGUUUGAAGAACGCAUGAACAAAAAGACAAAUUAAAAAAAACACACACAGACAGAGGGGCAAUGAGAGAUAAGUAUUAUCUCUAGACCCAGCGCUACCUGUACGUUCUUAUCCUGAUGCUUUUGGAGAAGGAAACAUGCAGCCCGGUGUAGAUGGUGAAGCGGACGCCUGUGGAUCUGCCUUCAGCGCCACUAGUUUAAAUGCUUCCCAUUCAGAAAGUGGCGCUUCUGACAUCUUCACUAGCACCGGAACACAAACGUCUCCGUUUGACUUUGAGGACAAGGAAACCCAGACACAUAUUACGAUGCCAAACAAGUGGGAUUACAACAGCGUGGUUUCCAAAUUAAGGAAUUCUCAGUCCUUUGAGCCUGAUGAAGGGGCCAGACUUCUCUAUCAGUUUGAUAGACAAGCCCCAGCUAGAAUUUCAACCUCUCCAACUCUAAGGAGAAUGAGAAAAAGCACAAGGCGGCCUCUCUUGAACAUGGACUUGCUGGGAACAGAAAGAACUAAUAACGUACAGGAAGAUACAAACGACUCUAGUUCCAAAUCUAAUGGCCCUGAGGAUGUGUCAGAAUUUGGGACCACUGCCAUUGAAAAUCAGGACUUACCUCAGACCAAAACUCAGAACUCUUUGAACUGUUCAGAUUCAACAGUACAGGAAUCACCUCUAUGUCAGGGAAAUUCAGACAAAUCUAUGAAAACCUCCACUUCUAGCCAGAUGUCUUCUAAAAAGGAAAACAUUUCUCCAGGUCAAAGAUUAAAUGCAGAUGAAGGUGAUCACCUUAAGGUGCUGGAUCCAAUUCCAAAAAGACUCCAGGAACGCAGGCGGAGCUCUUUUGUGGUGAGUUUGCCAGGCCUUGAUGUAUCACCUGGGGACUUAUUUGUCACAGAUGGUGUGGCAGAUCUCUGGAAUCAUUCCCGUUUGUCAGAUUCUAAAAAGUCGAAAAGGCCCGUUACAAAACGAAGCACAAGCAAAGAAAGACUGAAGCUGUUAUCUGAUGUGGAGAAGAAUCUCUCUUCCAUGAAGGUUCACGACUGGAGGAGCUGUGAAUUUCAGAACUACAAGGAUAAAGCACUGUCAGAAUUUGUGCAGAUGGAGCACCCUGACAUCUUGAUUGAAGAGUGCCCCUCUGGUUCUAAGCGACAUGAAGCUGUAUGGGAGCUCUUCACUAGCGAGUGUGUUUAUUUUCUUGACCAGUUGAUGGUGCUGAAAGAGGUUUUUUUGAGCACACUAACAACUCUACAAAGUAGUGAAUGCCUUCUGGAUGUGGAUACUUGGCGACUUUUUGCCAAUGUGAAGGACCUUUGUUUGGUAAGCUUUGGAUUCAUGAACGGUCUGCUUUGGGCUAUUAGAGACUCCUGGAGGAAAUCAGAGCUGGAAACUACUGUAACCCUGAGGAAUUUACUCAUCAAGCAUUUCAAAGAAAGUGUGUGCCAGUGCCUGCAGACAUACUGUCUCAAUUACUCAUCUGCUGUGUUUUACCUGGACGCUCUGAAGCAAAGAGAAGACUUCACCACGUACCUGAAAUGGUGUGAGCGGAAUGAACAGUGCAAGAGGCUGCAACUAGCUGACCUGCUGGUGACUCCGAUGCAGAGGUUCACCAGAUAUCCACUGCUGCUCAAAAACAUAGCCAAGAAAUGCAGCAGUGAUGAGGAGCGAAAAUCCCUUCAGUCUGUGGUGGACCUGGUAGAGGGUUCAAUAGAAGACCUUGAUGGAAAAGUAAAGUGGCUCGACAGCUUCCAUAAGGUCCAACGACUGCAAGAAUUACUCAUCUGGUCUCCGGUUUGGGAAUGUGAUAAAAGACCCUUUAUUCCUGAUAGUUUAAAACAUUUGGUGAAGCAGAGCAGCCUUGAAAAUGUUGUGUCAUCCAAUCGAAACCUUUUAUAUGAAGGGCGUCUUGUUUUAGUAGAAAGUACAAAACUCAGAGACGUCUGUGUAUUGCUGUUUGAUGUUUUUAUUUUAAUUACCAAGGUUAAAAGGAGUAAAAAGAGAUCUACUGGCUCUGAGCUUGGCACUUUACGUCUUCAGACCAAUCAAGAGUUGCAGAAUCUCUUCAAAGAAGGUUGCACGCUCACAGUCCUGGACCAGCCGCUUUCACUGGACAGGGUGGCAGUAAAAUCAGUCGACCAACUGAAUGCAUCAGCCUGUGGUCUUCGUAACGCUUUCAUGAUAAUGCACCACAACCGGUACCAGCAGUGUAUUGGAGUUUUCCUUUUGCAAGCUCAAAGUGAAUCUAUGAAGAAAACAUGGAUGACUGAAAUUGAAAAAGCAGCAACAAUGCUAUCAAGUUCUGAAGCCUGGAAAUCCUCAGACUCAAAAACAUUCUCCUGGAUUGAGUCUUCACAAAUUUAACAUGGAACCAUACUGCAUAUUCAGUGACCGCAUAUUCAUCAGUGAAAUUUUACUAAAAUAUCUUUUUAACCCAACAUUUCAUCCUUCAUCCAAAUGAACAGAAAUUUUUAUCCGAAUUACUUCUUUUCUUUCAACAACUUGCACUUAUUUCUGGAAAGACGCUAAAUAAAUGUAACAAUAAUGGCAUAUCUUUAUUAAAGUAAAGGACAAUUUGUGUA